AUGACCAAAAUGGAGACCUUCUACGACACACUGGGGCUCAUAGGCUCCUUCCUUGUGUCAGCAGCGCUCGUCCCGCAGAUUGUCAAGGUCUACCGCUCCAAAAGUGCAAAAGACAUCAGCAAAACGUUUCAGUCCGUCUUUAUCGUCAGCAUCGCGUGCAUCACUGCAUAUGGCAUGGGCGAAGGUCUGUGGCCCAUCUGGAUCCCGUCAAUGCUCGAGUUACUUGGCGGCAUCAUCCUGCUGAUGAUGAAGCAUUACUAUGGUUGGUGUGACAUUAAGCGUGUCGAAAGCGAACAAUACCAAGUGUUCACGGAAGUUGUUACGGAGGAUCAUAAAGGGCUAGUAGGUGAUAGCCCUUUAUCUACCACGUACUAA